AUGGGUUUCGGUAAUAAAUGGGUUUCAUGGAUAAAGACUUGUCUUUUGUCAGCUAGAUCUUCAGUUUUAGUUAACGGGAGUCCCACUAAAGAACUUGCUAUUCAAUGCGGUUUACACCAAGGGGAUCCUAUGGCUCCUCUUCUAUUCAUCAUUGCUAUGGAAGGGUUACAUAUUGCUAUUGAUAACCUAGUCAGAAAUGGCCUCUUCUCAAGCGCUAAAAUUAACCAGGUUUCAAUAUCUCAUCUCUUUUAUGCCAAUGAUGUUAUUGUUGUAGGUGAAUGGUCUGAAAGCAAUUUGGUUAAUAUAUCUAAUGCAUUAAGAUUUUUUUUUUAUGGGAUAUCGGGCCUCAAAAUUAACUUUCAAAAAUCUUCCAUAAUUGGAAUUGGAGUGGCAAAUGAGGAGGUCAAUCGACUUGCUAGUACGACUUGUUGUAAAGCUGAAAAGCUUCCAUUAAAUAUUUGGGCAUCCCGAUGGGUGGAAGCCCCAAGCGGAUCUCUUUCUAGGAACCGAUCAUUAAUAAAUUCAGAACACGUCUUUCGGGUUGGAAGGCAAAUCUUCUUUCCAUUGGCAGUAGAACUACUUUAG